AUGGCCUUCCUAUUGUACAGCCUCGCGUUGCUAGGUCUCGCCAACGCCUCGCCGGUGAUGACCAUUGUCACGACAAUCACAACGUCCAAUCCUCCGGACUACUUCCAGACGACUCCUGAAAUUUUCCAAGGCCCAACACCAACCGGUAAAGAACCGUUUUUGAGGCAAACGGACGAUGUACAGCUCUCGGGCGUCACCUACAUCCCACCCAGUCCGCUCGAAACUCAGCAGCCGAUCCAAGGCAACUCCGACGAUGGAAAUAUCUUCACAUUACUCGGAAACAUCGCUCCUUACCAUCCUUCUCCCGGAUUUGGCAUUGACGAGCAUCCGCUGCCUGAGGGUGCUAAUGUUACUUGGGUCAAUAUGAUUGCGAGACACGGCUCACGAUAUCCCACUGAGCCUAUCGAGCUUGGAGCCGCGUUGGCGGAUGCCAAAGGUGCCAAAUUUUCUGGUGACCUGGAAUGGUUGAACGAUUGGAAGUACUCGCUCGGGACGAAUAUUCUGAGCAGCAAUGGGAGGCAGGAGCUUUACGACAAUGGUGUGCUGCACGUAUACAACUACGGCCAACUCUUCAACCCGAACCAGACCAAGAAACUCGUGUGGCGGACGACUACGGAAGAUCGGAUGAGGAAGUCAGCGGAGAACUUCGCCGCAGGCUUCUUCGGCCUCAACUACGCCGACUACGUCGACCUCGAAUUCAUCAUCGACGAAGAAGGCUACAAUAACUCGCUCUCCGGUUACAACGUCUGCGAAAACAACGGCAAUUUGCGCACCACCGCCGGCGCCAACGCCAGCGCCGCCUUCGUCGCCAACUACACCCUCCCCGCCGCCGCCCGCCUCAACGCCCUCUCCACCAACUUCCACUGGAACAGCACCUGGAUCUACUCCGCGCAGCAACUCUGCUCCUACGAGACCGUCAACCUCGGCUACUCGAAGUGGUGCGCGCUCUUCACCUACGAAGAAUGGCAGGACUUCGAGUACUCGAUCGAUCUCGACUUCAUCGGGACAUUCGGGUUCCUAUCACCGACAGCGCGAGCGGUGGGGGUGGGGUACGUGGAGGAGGUGUUGGCGAAGAUGCGGCAUCAUUUGAUUACCCAGGCGACGGGGUCGGAUAAUGUGACGCUGGAUGGGAGGGAGCGGACUUUUCCGACGCAUCAGGCGUUGAAUUUUGAUUUUAGUCAUGAGGUCAAUAUCUUUGCGGCGUUGACUGCAUUUGGGCUGACGCAGUUCGCUGAGCCGUUCUCGCCGGAGGAAUACACGGAAGAUCGUUCGGUGGUGGUUUCGGCGAUGACGCCUUUUGCCGCGCGGUUCGACAUCGAGAUGAUUGAGGCGCCGAGGCCGGUGUGUGCGGAUCGGACGAGGGGGCUAUACGAGGAAGGGGGAAAGACGACGUAUGUGCACUUUAUCCUGAAUCAGAGGACGAUUCCGCUCGGGCAAAGCCAUGCUGCUUGCGGGGAUAGGGACGAUGGGUGGUGCGAACUAGAGACGUUCAUGAAGUGGCAGGCGGGUGCUCUGGAGGAAGCGAACUACGACUACGCUUGUAAUGGCGAUUACGCUCCGCCGGCGUAUGGGGAUGUCAGGAAUGGUGCUCCACCUUCGUGA